GUUUUGACAUGUCUAAUAAGGCAUCGCAUCUUCCAAUUGCAGCGUUUCUUCUNUCUUCAAACAAUUGACAUGAAUCAGGACAAUUACUUGGAGGAAGCUUUAAAGAUGCGUAACCUUCUUGAGGAGUUUAAUGAAGAUCACGGAGUGCGUCCACCUACAAUAUUGGGUGUUCGUGAGCAUAUCUUCACUGGAAGUGUUUCUUCGUUGGCUUGGUUUAUGUCUAAUCAAGAGACAAGUUUUGUCACCAUUGGUCAGAGAGUUCUUGCAAGGCCCUUGAAGGUCCGCUUCCACUAUGGACAUCCAGAUGUAUUUGACAGAAUUUUCCACAUCACUCGCGGUGGCAUUAGCAAAGCUUCAAGGGGUAUCAAUCUUAGUGAGGACAUAUUUGCAGGCUUCAACUCAACAUUGCGACGUGGAAAUGUUACUCACCAUGAAUACAUUCAAGUUGGAAAGGGACGAGAUGUUGGUCUUAACCAAAUCUCUCUCUUUGAGGCAAAAGUGGCAUGUGGUAAUGGAGAGCAGACCCUUAGCCGUGAUCUGUACAGAUUAGGGCAUCGCUUCGACUUUUUCCGUAUGCUGUCCUGUUAUUUCACAACUACUGGAUUUUAUAUCAGCUCAAUGCUGGUAGUCCUCACAGUUUAUGCAUUUUUAUAUGGUAAACUCUACCUUGCAUUGAGUGGACUGGAACAGUCCAUUGUCAAAGUUGCAAGAUCCAAGGGUGAUGAUGCUCUCAAAGCUGCAAUGGCCUCACAAUCUGUUGUUCAACUUGGUUUAUUAAUGGCCCUGCCAAUGGUUAUGGAGAUUGGGCUGGAAAGAGGCUUCAGAACUGCUGCAGGUGAUAUCAUCAUCAUGAACCUGCAGUUGGCUGCUGUCUUCUUUACAUUCUCUCUUGGAACAAAGCUCCAUUACUUUGGCCGCACAAUUUUACAUGGUGGAGCGAAAUACAGAGCAACUGGGCGUGGUUUUGUCGUGAGACACGAAAAGUUUGCUGAGAACUACAGAAUGUACUCAAGGAGCCAUUUCACCAAAGCACUGGAAAUUUUGAUUUUGCUCGUAGCUUAUCAAAUUUAUGGCACAGCUGUUACUGAUUCUGUAGCUUUCUUGCUUCUCAGUGGCUCAAUGUGGUUCCUUGUGGUUUCAUGGCUGUUUGCUCCUUUCCUCUUUAAUCCUUCAGGCUUUGAAUGGCAAAAGAUAGUGGAUGAUUGGGAGGAUUGGGCCAAGUGGAUCAGCAAUCAUGGAGGUAUUGGUGUUCCGGCAACCAAGAGUUGGGAGUCUUGGUGGGAUGAGGAACAAGAGCAUCUGCAGUAUUCUGGUUUGAUUGGCCGCUUCUGUGAAAUUCUUCUUGCUCUGCGCUUCUUACUUUUCCAAUAUGGAAUUGUUUAUCAGCUAAAUGUGGCCAAUAAUGAUAAGGGUAUCAUUGUUUAUGGUUUGUCCUGGUUGGUCAUUGUGUUCGUCAUGGUCGUUUUGAAGAUCGUGUCCAUGGGUAGGAAGAAGUUCAGUGCUGAUUUCCAGCUGAUGUUCAGGCUUCUGAAAUUGUUCCUGUUCAUUGGCUUCAUAGUCACACUUGUCGUGCUGUUCAAAUUCCUAAGUCUUACUGUUGGAGACAUUUUUGCCAGCUUAUUGGCCUUCUUGCCAACUGGAUGGGCUCUUCUUCAGAUAGCACAGGCAUGUAGGCCAGUAGUGAAGGGCAUAGGUAUGUGGGGAUCUGUGAAGGCUCUAGCCAGAGGAUAUGAGUACCUAAUGGGGCUCGUGAUCUUUGCACCUGUGGCUGUUCUUGCUUGGUUCCCAUUUGUCUCUGAGUUCCAGACAAGACUGCUUUUCAACCAGGCUUUCAGCAGAGGGCUUCAGAUUCAACGUAUUCUUGCUGGUGGGAAGAAGCACAAGUGAGCUUAAUUGUCAAUCACACACCAAACGUUCUGUAUCUUUGGCAAAGCAGAAGUAUGACUUCCACACCAUUGUUCAAAGUUCCACAUCAAGCCUUCUGCUCCCUGGUUCGGGACACAUUGUAGAGCAUAUUAGCAUAUUAUAGUUUCAGAAUACUACAGCACAAGAUGUAUACUCCUUUGUUAUAAAUGCAAAUAAUUGCUCAUAUAUGCAAUAUUUUUUUGGUUUAUAUUGAAGAUAAAUGAGAACUCAUGAGUUGUAAAU